CCGAAAAUGGAGGCUCGGAUGUGUUAGGUGGCGGGGAUACGCAUGAUGGGCAAAAGUGCAAGGCCAUUGGCUGAAGCAACUGCACGAGGAUCGUCGGAUCCAUCCCAUCGCGUCCCUUUGGCCUGCCGCUUCAUCAUCAUCAUCUCUCUCUCUCUCUCAUCCCCCUCUGCUUACCACUUCCUCAUCUCCAGUGUCUCCCGCUGCUCUGCCUGCCCCUUGCCGCCCAAGUUCACAUAUGGCGUUGUGCACCCGGUAGUGGGUGUUCGGCGUGCCCUCGGGUUCGGCGCCAAGGUCGGCAUCGCCAUUGCGCUCGGCCUCUCCUUCGCCAUCUCCCCGACCUCCUCCUCCCAGCAGAUCUCCACUAAGCGAUCCUCCUUCCCGCCGAAGUUGCCGCUCCACCAACCGCCUCCCACAAUCGUACCAGCACCAGCGCCGACAGCAGGCAUGCUCACCGAAAGCCUCGCCCCAUCCCGCAUGGCCACAAGAAACACCAUCUUGCCCCGUCUGAAUCUCAUGCCCAUCCCCAUCACGCCAAUGCCACCUCCUCUCCGGAUGCCACCGCUGCAAAGGUCGAUCACUCCAUGCCGGCUCCAAUAACCGACACAGAGCCUAAGAAGAAGGAGCAGGAGCCGGACAUGGAGAUGGAGCCGGAGCAGGAGGUCGAGCUGCAUAUGCCCGAGGAAAGCGGGGACAACUCGGGGAAGGCGCCUGCAGAGGGGAGGAGAAGCCGCCACAGCUGGAAUUGGAAGAGGAGCACGGUGAGGGUGAUGGCGAUGAGGAUUUUGAGGUGGCGAAGAAUAAGGCUCUGAGUAAGAAGAGAAAGCUUCCGCCUUUGUUCAGCUCUAGCGUGCAUUACCACUGGAAGCAUUGCGGUGCCAAGAGCAGCUACCACUAUAUCCCUUGCGUGGAUUUCGACAGGGAUGAGAGCCAGAGGCACCAUGAACGCAGCUGCCCAAGAUCGCCUGUGACAUGUCUGGUGUCACUGCCCAAGGAUUAUAAACAGCCCGUACCAUGGUCGAAGACGAAGGACAAGGUGAGGCAGUGGCGGACCUAAAAUUUAAAUUUGGGUGUACAAAAACUCUAAUUUCUUUUUUGCACUUAAGCAUAUUCUAAAUAAAAGUCAUUAUGACUAGUUUGAAACAUAUACUAUUUUCUAAGCUAAAAGUUAUUGCUUAAACAUACAUCAUAUCUCUCUUUAGAAAAAAGUUUUUUAAAAUUAGAUAAUAAAGAUUUCAUAUGUCUUAUGUAUGGAUGUCUACUGCUUUAUUUAUAACUUACGUUAUAUAUCUAGCACAUAAAAUAUCUAUCAAUGUAAUAUUUUGCUCCACUAUAUGGUUUGAAGUGUUGCAGGAUAUGUUUUCUAACACUAAGAGUAAGACUUUGUUAGGUAGAAUAACUUGUUAUGGUACUAAUAAAUAUACUUUUGCGUUGCUACGGGUGAUAUCAUGAAGUAUUUACUAACCUUAUCGGUUUUCAUCACGAUAUAAUUAAAUUUCACACGACAACAUCUCGAUCAAAAUCCUUUCAAGCAACCUUUUGGUCUUCAUCACUUCUUAACACUUUCAUACAUGCCACCCACCCCCCUUCCUUAAAAAUUUUCCUAUCAUCCUUCGGGAUGCUGGUUGUCGCGAUCUUGACUUUAUCAACAAUGAGGGUGCCAACCAUAUUAGAAUGUGUGCUCGUCAUGACAACAUGGUCUGAUGAGCGAGCCAACCCUUCUUUUGCUCGCCAAAAUGGUUCACUCAACGAUGUUUUCACCAACUUUUUUGUGUGGUUACCUUGUGAAGGCCAUCUUCAUGUUGGUGGCGCGCUCUACUUCAUCCUCCUCACGUCAUUUCCCUUCCUUUCUUACUAAUCAUCUAAAUAUAAAGAAGAUAAGGUGACAUCGAUUCCAAAUCGGAGGAGACCACAAUCUAGACGUUAACUAUGUCCACUUUCAAUUCUAUAUUUGAUAAGAAUUUUAAUGACCAAAAUCAACAAUAAAAAUUAUGAAAAUAGCCUGCUAUUUAGAAAUAAGUGAAGAUAUUAUUAUCAGAAAAGCUCAAGAUUCAUGAGCUAUUUAUAUUUGACUUGCUAAAAUUUAAUUCAGGAUAAGCUAUACUUAGAAUCAAGCCAAACUUGGACCUAACCUUGAGCUCGCGAGCUCCAAUAAUAUGAGAUUGAGAUAUUCAAUGAAACUCGAGUAUUUCAGUUUGCGUGGAUAUGCAUCCACCCUGCUAUCUUUAAUAAAUAAAUUUACAAUCAUCAAAAGUUAAAAUAAUAUAGUUGUAGGCUAGACCCAUGCAUUGGUUAGCGAGUUACUGUAUUGCACAAACUAAAAUAGGUACAAAAAUAAUACUCCUCUAUUCUCUUUUCUAUUUUGGUAGUUCUAUUUCAUUUUAGUAUAAUGAUAAAAAAGAAGAACUUUGUUCAUCUUAAUAAUUAUGAUUCCUCAUUUUUAAUAUUAUCUUAUAUUACUGGAGUUGAAAGACCAUCCAUACUAUUUCAAGAUGUCAAUUCAAAUGAGAAUAAUUCAGUUUUGGAAAUAUGAUUAUCAAAAUAAAAUAGAGAGAAUAAAGCUAAAUAUCCAGAUAUAUAUUUUUCGUUUAUUUAUCAAUUAUAAAUUUGUCUUUUAGACUAAUCUUAGCAUAUAAUUUUAUUAUACUGUUUCUAAUCUGAUGAAUUUGGUAAACGAACCGACUCUGCCGCUCAGGGCCUCAGGUUCAGGUCCUCCCCUCUGUUUCUCUUCUCAAACCUUUCCCUUCUCUCGAAGACAAACUUUCUCCUGAUCUCCUCCCUUGCUCGAGAUCUUCCUUACCUGGCGGCGACGACUGGGCGAGCGGCGGCCCAGCCCUUUGCCAGUGACGAGCGCAUCCUCCAGGAAAGCACCUCAUUCUCAAAUGAAGCACAUAUUCAAGAUUGUUGCUAUACUGGUAGCAAUCUCAGCCAUCUGGGUUACAUUCCUUGAAACCUCAACUGUUCCUCGAAGUUAUACUUGGCUGCUUCCAAUCUACUUGGAAGUGGCUCUUGGAUGCUACGGCCUUUUUAUGGUUGGAUUUGGACUUAUGUUCUUCCCAACUUGCCCUCAAGAAGCUAUACUACUGCAACAGGAUAUUGUGGAGGCAAAGGAAUUCUUAGCAAAGAAGGGUGUUGAUGUGGGCUCCGAGUGAGGCCAAUUUCAGCAUUCAACAUUCAUGAUCAUUUUGAAGGAUCACCAUUUUGUUCCUUAGAAUAGGCUACUUUUUGGAUACUGUAGCUAGAAAAUAUAUCAUUUCACUAUGUUCUGAACUAUUACUAACACAGUUUUAGUGAGUUGACAUGUUACACUUUGUCAAAGAUUGGAGAGAGACAUAUUGAGGUGGUGUUUUUAAGUUUAAAAAAGUGUGUUGCUGUUCUAGGGA